AUGUUCAGCAAGCUAAAGAAGCUCAUUGGAGGUCCCACUCUGGGUCCCACCACAGCCUCUACCUCAGCCCCACCACCUGCACCAGCCUCGGCUCCUGCACCUGCCAAGGAGGAAAAGCCUGCUGACAAAGAAAAUGGAGACAAGAAAGAUGAAAAAGCCGCCGCCCCAGCCCCGGCUCCAGCCCCAGCUCCAGCUCCAACUCCAGCUCCAACUCCAGCUCCAGCCCCGGCUGCGACCCCAGCACCGGCCCCCAAACCAGAGGAGAAGCCUGCAGCCCCAGCUAAUGGCCAGCCACCUGCUGAAGGUGAGGAGGCCCCUCCACCUCCACCCCGGCCCAUCGUGAUAAACAAGUUUUCAGAUGCUCUGCUCACUGAUAUUGUUAAACGCUUGCGGGAACGGACUGAACUGUAUAAAGAAAAGGUCAUUGACCCCUAUGCAUCCUCUCCAGAGCGCAGUCCACCAGUCACACCUGUCUUUAGAAAACAAGACUACCCGAGGAUAGUGGAGGAGAGGAAACGUAAGGAAGAGGAGGAGAUUAAAAGAAAAGAGGAAGAGCAGAGGAAAAAGAAAGAGGAACAGGAAAGGAAAAAGAAAGAGGAUGAGGAAAAGAAAAAGAAAGAGGAGGAAGAGAAGAAGAAAAAAGAGGAAGAGGCUCAGAAAGCAGGGGAGAAGCCAGGGGAAAUGAAAGAUGAGAAGAAGAAAGAUGAGCCACCCAAAGAGUCUGGGAACAUAUUUGCAAAAUAUGCAUGCACCUGUGUUGAUUACCUGCUGAAGCCCAUAGAGGACAGAAUGGACAAAAGGCUUGGCAACUCCAUCGACCCGUUCACAGACCGCAGGUAUAUAGCUUGGCUAAGCUUUGUGACCAUUGCCUUCAACUAUAACCUAUGGUUCAUACCAGUCCGUAUGGCCUUUCCAUAUCAUAACCCACAGUACAAUUCAAUGUGGUUUACCUUGGACAUCAUCGCCGACACCAUCUAUAUCCUCGACAUAAUCAUUUUCCAGGCACGACUACAGUUCUGUAGGGGGGGAGACAUCAUAUAUGACAGAGUUGUAAUUAAGAAGAAAUAUCGGGAGUCUGCGAGAUUUCAGAGUGAUGUACUAUCCGUCCUGCCUCUGGAUCUGUUAUAUAUCCCAUUUGGAUUCCGGUCUGUCUUCAGGGUAAAUCGUUUAAUGAAGUUUGAGGGCUUUUUUGAGUUCAGUGAUCGUCUUGAAGGUAUCAUGACUAAAGCCUAUAUCUGGAGAGUAAUUCGUACCAUUGGAUACCUGCUAUUCAUCCUACAUCUCAACGCCUGUAUUUACUAUGUGGCGUCGGACUACCAGGGCAUAGGCCAGACCAAAUGGGUCUACAGCGGCCAUGGCAACGCCUACCUGAGCUGUUUCUUCUAUGCGGAGAAAUCCCUGCUGAUGAUCGCAGAACUUCCUUUUCCUGAGAGCAUAUUUGGUCAGAUUUUUCAGAUGACCAACUAUUUUUUUGGUGCCCUAUUUUUGUCCAUCAUUCUUGGCCAGAUGAGAGAUGUCAUUGGAGCAGCAACUGCAGGCCAGACCUACUUCCGGGCAUCUAUGGAUGCUUGUGUGGCAUACAUGGUGACCAACCGCAUCCCCAGGCUGGUGCAAAGCAGAGUGCGCACCUGGUACAACUAUACCUGGGAUUCCCAGGGCAUGCUGGAUGAGUCUGAGCUACUGGAACAGAUGCCUUUAGUCAUGAGAACGGCUAUCGCUGUGGACAUCAACCUUGCCACCUUCCAAAAGAUUGACCUUUUCAAGGGCUGUGACAACCAGAUGCUUGUGGACAUGUUACUGAGACUAAAGUCCAUUGUGUACUUGCCAGGAGACUUUGUGUGUAAAAAAGGUGACAUUGGCAAAGAAAUGUACAUCAUUAAAGCAGGAGAGGUGCAAGUCAUCGGUGGGCCAGACAAUAAGAUUGUGUUUGUGACACUAAAGGCAGGCUGUGUGUUCGGAGAGAUCAGUCUGCUUCAGUCUUCUGCCAAUGGAGGAAACAGAAGAACGGCUAAUGUAGCAGCACAUGGAUUCGCUAACCUAUUUGUACUGGACAAGAAAGAUCUGAAUGACAUCCUGGUCCACUACCCAGAGUCCCAGAAAGUACUGGCCAGAAAGGGACGGAAACUGAUGAAAGCCAAGGGUCCAGCUGCAGCCAAAGUCGAAGAAGAAAAGAAGAAAGGCUUGGCUUUAUUUGGAAACAAACCUCCUACUCCGAAACUUUUACGUGCCUUUGGAGGAGGGGUUUUCAGCAAACAAGGCAUUAUGGACAGACUUAAGAAUGCUGCUUCCGCAGAACGCCAAUAAUGUCAUCAACUGUUUUAUUAAAUACUCUUAGUAUAUUGUUCUCUUUUUAAAUCUUCUACUCUCAGUAUAAUGGUUCACUACUACUUAUAUUUAGAAGAUUUCAGCCUUCAUGUAUAUUUUCACAGUAACUGAGCUCCAUCUUUCAAAACAAAAAAAAAUAUUUCCUUGCCAACCAAAGUACUUGCCAAUCAGUAAUUAUUAUCAAAUGUGUUCCAGAACUCUGAAUCAGACCGAUACAUGCAUAACCUACACUAGCAGUCAAAAGUU